AUGAUUGAUCCUUAUUUAAUGGAAAACAAUGUUAUUCCAAGACUAAGUAUUAAACAAACUAUUUGAUUAGCAUUUAACUUUAGAAGAGUUUGUUUUAUUAAUUCUAAAUAAUUGUAAAUAAUCUUAUUAUUAAUUUAGAUAAUAUGGUUUAAUUAGGAGACAUAUUUUUAAAAUUGACUUCAAUUAAUUAAUCAAUUCAUAUCAAAGUAAUUAGAUCAUUACAUAAAAAAUCAUUAUGAAUUAUUAAUUUAAGAUCUUAAAGAUGUAAUAUUAAAAAUAAUUAGAAAUCUUAAUUAUGUGAUAAUGAAAAUAUUAUUGAAGCCUUACAGAAAAUUAAAUUUAUUUAAUAAAGACUUUAAGAUAAUUAUGUCAUUUGAUACAAUUAAAUAAAGAAAUUAUUGCCAAUAAAAUAAAGCAGCAAAAUAGCAAUAUAAAUGCGUAAAUAACUUCAACAGUUUAGUGUUCAAUUAAAAUUGCUUAAAUCUUUAGCUUAAUAGUAGAAUAAUAUUCUAAAUAUAACAGAUGCUUAAAGAGUGGCAAAUGCAUUAUUUAAAAUUGAUAGACUGCAAAUCAAACAAUUUUAAUAUUUCAAAAGUAAUCAAGCAUAAAUAAAAUAGGUUGAAGAAAUAUUAUAGGUAAGUGUAACUAGAAAGUUUGAGGAUUCACUCUAAAUUAAGAGUGUUUCUGAUUUAACAUAAUGUUUAGGAAUAUUUUAUAGUCUUGGUAGAUUAUCUGAAAUACUUGAAUUGAAAUGUAAUUAAAUAAUAAAAUAAAUAAGUGAGCAAUAUAAGAUAUUAUAAAAUUCUAAAUCCUUUUUACCAGACUAUAGAAAUCGAAUAAAAAAUGAAUUAAAUUAAAUGAUACUAAUUUGGUUAAUAUAUUAAGCAAUCAAUUAAAGUAAUUUGAUAUCUAUUUCAGCUGAUCAAUAUCAUUUAAUAACUAUAACAAGUAAAAGUAUGAGUUUACUUACAACAAUUUAGUUCACUUUUAUCCAAUCAUUAAAGAUAUAUAUUAUGACUAAUUAAUUAUGUUCAGCGAAUAGAUUGUAUAAUUUUAUAUUGAUUAAUUUAGUUGAUAUUUCCAUUAUCCAUUCUAUUAAGUCUUAAUUUAAAUGAACUCUUAGAAUAGAUGAUGUCUUCUUUAAUUGUUUUAAAACCUUUACAUUAAAUGUAGUUUAUAUUACUCUUAAAAGAAUAAAUAAAAAAUCUAGUUAGUGAUGUAUAUGUAUAAGAAAGAGGAUAAACUUAUAUUGAAAAAGUAUAGAAUAUAUUUUAUAUUGAAGGCUUUAAAUACUUUGACAUCAUUUAUUGAUUUUAUUAAAUUAGAAUUGGAAUAAAUCAAAAAUAUGAUGGACAAUCAUUUAAAUUUAUGA